CAACACAAAAUAAGCUAGUUUUUCUAGUAUACAGGUAUUGAGAUAUGGGAAUUGGGUCUGUGGAAAGGAUUUUCAACCAAGCAAAGCCUUUUCUUGGUGUUAUUUUCAUGCAAUUUGGCUCUGCUGGCAAUUCCAUAAUUGCAAAGAAUGCACUAAACCAUGGCAUGGACCAACAUGUCCUGGUUGUUUACAGGUAUGCCAUAGCCACCCUUUUCAUUUCUCCCUUUGCCCUUGUUUUAGACAGGAAAAUCAGGCCAAAGAUGACCCUCUCAGUCUUCAUUAAGAUACUUUUGCUGGCAUUAUUAGAGCCAACACUCGACCAGAACCUGUACUAUACAGGAAUGAAGUACACAACCGCGACUUUUGCAAGUGCAAUGUGCAAUAUUCUUCCUGCCUUUGCAUUUUUGAUGGCUUGGAUAUGCCGGCUUGAGAACGUUAGGCUGAGGAAGAUUCAUAGCCUGCUAAAGAUAUUAGGCACCAUUGUGACUGUUGGGGGAGCCAUGCUAAUGACUCUGGUCACAGGACCUAUGCUGCCUUUGCCAUGGACACAGGUACAUAAUGCCCAACAGGGUGCACUUUCUUCUGCAAUUACCAAGCAAGAUCCCAUAAAGGGUGCCAUGUUUAUGGGUAUAGGCUGCUUGUGUUGGUCUAGUUUUAUAAUUCUCCAGGCAAUCACCCUGAAAUCAUACCCCGCCCCGCUUUCCCUAACAGCUUGGAUUUGCUGCAUGGGAGCCAUUGAAGGCACCGUUUUUGCCCUGGCAAUUGAAAAAGGCAGUAUUGCAGGCUGGUUCAUUUUUCACUCGUAUUCUAAAUUAGUAGCUCCAGUAUACAGUGGAAUAAUCUCUUCUGCCGUGGCAUAUUACAUUCAAGGAGUGGUAAUAAGGACUAAGGGACCUGUUUUUGUGACUGCUUUUAAUCCUCUUAGUAUGGUCAUUGUGGCCAUCUUGAGCUCCUUUGUUUUGUCAGAGAUAUUGUAUUUAGGAAGGGUUAUUGGAGCAAUCGUCAUUGUUGUCGGCCUCUAUCUGUUCCUAUGGGGAAAGUGCAAAGAUCAAUCCUCAACUAAUAGGGCGGCAACCGCAGACCCUGGUGAUAGAGAAAUGACUGCCUUGGAUGAGUUGAAUCAAGAUGCUGUCGUAAUGGAUGUAACGUCCAAAGUGACAUCUGACCAUGAAUCUGUUUGAGGGAAAUGCAGUCCAGUGCCUCAAAAUCUUUUAUUUUGGGUGCAUGGAUAUCGUUCUCUUUUUAUUGAAAGAUAUGUAUUUGUUUCGGUUUCAACGAUAUACUAGUGGUGCCUGAUUAGUAAGGCAGCACAAAGCUUGGAAAACUAAAUGCAUGAAUCUUCC